AUGUUCCAACAAAAGAAGCCAUACUCGGCCGUCACGGUCACCAUCGAGACGCUCACCUCCGAGGCCUACGAAGAGGAAGACCUCAGCGGCAUCCCCGACCUCGUCGAGGUCAUCACCAUCCAAGCCUCCGGCCCCACGGAGGCCGCCCGCGCCAUUCGAAAGAAGCUCAAGUACGGCAACGUGCACCGCCAGAUCCGCGCCCUGGUCCUACUCGACGGCCUCAUCCAAAACGCCGGCCCGCGCUUCACGCGCACGUUUGCCGACGAGCCUUUGCUGGAGCGGCUGCGCGUGUGCGGCACGUCCGACCUCUCGGAUCCCGAGGUCAGGAAGAAGUGCAGGGAGCUGUUCAACAGCUGGUCCCAGUAUGGCAACAAACCGGGCCUGGAGAGGAUUGCUCGGCUGAGCAAGGAGCUGCCGAAGCGAAAGGUUGGCGUCACGCAGGAGAGAUCGCGCGUACUCAAGGAAACCGAGAACCCAUUCGGCGAUGAGGAAGACGACGAGCCAACUCGUACGUCUCAUAGCCGCGAAUCGUCACUGGUCGAUUCGUUCAAGCGUCAGCAAUCCUCCGUGUCCAGCAGUAGCGGGUCUAUAUUCAGCAGCUCCGACAAGAAAAAGAAGAGCGGCAGCAGUAGCAAGACCAAGGGCAAGAGGAAGCCCUUUAACCUGGAGGCUGAAAAGGAGGGGAUGAAGUCUGUCAUUGCAGAGUCAUCACUGGCGGCAACGAACCUGCUCAACGUCUUGCAGACGAUCAACCGUGAACGGGAGCGUAUCUCCGAGAACAACUUGGCUGUCGAGAGAUUUGAGUCCUGCAAGCUUCUCCGCAGAAAGGUGUUGCGCUUUGUUCAUCACGUCGAACAUGAACAGUGGCUAGGUCCACUCCUCCAUGCCAACGACGAACUGGUCCACGCCCUCAUGACCUUUGAACAGCUCGACCAGUCUGUCGAUGCCGACAGCGACUCUGACGACGAACUUGCGGAGCAAGCUCACCUAUACCGAAUGGCUGCUAUAAAAGGAAAAGAAGAACUGGCCGCCAAGGAGGCUUCAUCCCCCCCAGCCCGGGCCGAGCAUCCCGACAUCGCCGGUCUGAGCAUCAACUCGUCCCCAAGAGCGACCCCGCCUCCUCGGCCUGCCUCGAAGCCUGCCUUUUCAGCACCCCCGAUACCACCUCCGCUGCCAUCGAAUCCCAGGCCUACGGCCCAGCAGAGACAGGGCUCGUAUUUGUCUGACGAGGAGGACGAUGACGAUCCGUUUGCUGAUAGAAACAUUGUUGAGUGA